CCGGUGUACUCCUAAAAUAUAGUAAUGUCUACUGCUCCCAACGUAGGAGGCUCUAAUGUUUUAGAAAAAGUAUUUUGCUCCUCACCAGCGCCCACUGAAGUUCCCCCUCCCUCUGGAAAUGGGCUGCGCCACUCUCGCACACUGUCCUCCUCCUCCUCGUCGCGCAUUACGGAGCGACCACCCCCAUUCUCUAGGAAAUUAACCCGCGCGCUGUUUGUUCGACCUUCGGAAACAAGGGGUCCAGUUCCCGGACAUUUACAGAGCAUAAAGUCAGCCUUGACUUACAGCUGGGUCAAUGUACUCUUUGUCUUUAAUCCGAUCGCAUGGGCUUUACAUUAUACCCGUCAGGCAGACGGUGCUGUCUUUGCCAUGGCCCUUUUGGGUGUGGUACCUUUGGCUAGUAUGCUUGGCCACGGCACAGAAACUAUAGCCCUUUACACAGGCGACGCCCUUGGUGGUCUCAUUAAUGCAUCCCUGGGAAAUGCCACAGAGUUCAUUAUUGCUAUCCUUCUGCUCGUGAAAUGCGAAAUUCGUGUCGUCCAGGCUUCGCUACUUGGAGGUCUUCUUUCUAAUCUGCUUCUCGUAACUGGAAUGGCCUUCAUUGUGGGAGGUAUUCGUUUCUCCCAGCAGCAGUUCCAACAGACAGCUGCGCAGCUCAAUACCUCCUUGCUUACCUUGGCGGCAAUCGCCCUUGUUAUUCCCACCUGUUUUGCAUUUGCGAUCGAGCACGCCUCUGGAGAAGAAACUGAGCGGGAUGUCAUCCUUGAAAUGUCUCGUGGCAGUGCGCUCAUCCUCAUUUUCAUUUACGUGAGCUAUAUGGUCUUCCAGCUCUACAGCCAUUCAUACUUGUAUAACCCUGAUAACGAUGUCCUCAAUGACGUCCAUUCGACCGUGUCUAGUGUGCGAUCCGCUCCAGCAGCAUCGAUCCAACCUGCUAUGCAUAUUCUCAGCGAUGACUUUUCUCGUCCUCCGCGAGUAAACAGGUCUCAAAGUCUCGCCACGAGCUUUGGCAGCCGGACAUUUUUGGGAUACGGCGCGAAACUAGUAGGAAGACGGUCACUCCCUGUACAUCUCAGCAGCGUGGGUGAGAAAGAAGAGGAGAUUCGCGAUCAACUCUCUGCACAAAGGGGGCAUCAAGACCUCGAAGCAGCCGGCCUUGCAGGAGACACUAAUAGCGAGAAUGAAUUGGACACGCCAGAGAUGAACCUUACUGUCACAAUUGCCGUCUUGAUUGGUGCUACUGGCCUCACGUAUCUGACAGCGGAGGCCCUCACUGAUUCAUUGGAAGGGAUCGGUCAAAAUGGAAGUGUCAGUACUGAAUGGUUGGGUUUGAUUCUGUUAGCUAUUGUGGGUAACGCGGCAGAGCAUGUGACCGCUGUCUUCGUUGCGUAUCGCAAUAAGAUUGACUUGGCGCUCGCUGUAUCCGUAGGAUCGUGUAUUCAGGUAUCUCUUUUUGUCAUCCCCCUACUGGUAUUGAUUGGUUGGAUGGCAAAUAAACCACUCUCGUUGUUAUUUGAUCCUCUUGAAGUUGUUACUCUGUUCCUCUCCGUUCUUCUCAUACGGUUUGCCACGGAAGACAGACGUACGCAUUAUAUGAGUGGAAUUCUUUUGUUUGGGACCUACGUAUUGAUUGCAUUUUCGUUUUGGUUUUACCCCCAAAAUGGUACUAGCGCGGGAAACCUUUUCUCAGAGUGCUAACAUCAGACCUAGCUAGUUGUAUGAAUAGAAUAGAAUACCGGCC